CCUCUCUAAUUCUUCAUAUGUAAGUUGCAAUUCUGUUCUUCGUAUAAUACGUGGAAGGCCGAGAUGUUAUCUAUUUUAUUGCCUUUUUAGUGUCUGACUUCACUCAUUUUCCCUCAAAGGCAAGCAGCUUGCAUCUUCUUAGUGCCUACCCAUAUUUUUUUCCACGUCCUUUACCAUUGUAGUUGUCUUUUCCUGAACUCUGUCCUUCUCAACACUUACCCACGGCAGCCCCCCUUGAUCAGAUGAACUGAAUGCAGUAAUCCAAGGAAGGAAUGCUGCUGAAUUACACAGUUGCCCAGUAAUAUUUUUAUUGCCAGAAAAAUGCUGGAUUCUUUAUGGGGAGGUAGGAAGGCAUAUGGUUGGGAGAACAUUUUACAUCAUUAAAGGUCUCUAACUACUACACGGUACGGUUCUGAAGGCUGUUUGGUAGCAAAUCAGUCUAUUGCGUGUUGGAGUCUGGUAAAGCUCCCGCUGGCUUUCAUGUUGUGGGGUCAAGGCUUUUGUCAUGCUUACUAUGAUGUUCAAGUACCUGAAAUUCUUAGCACAUCUUCUGUAGAUAAAUAAAGCUCUGCGAGGUGUAUUUUUGGCUCUGAACCCCAGCGUAUAGAGCAGUUCUGUGAAUGUAGGUGCAAGCCUGUGAUGACACCUGGUGUUUCUGUCUCUUCAGGUGCUGGAAAACUACUCGGAUGCUCCCAUGACCCCAAAGCAGAUUCUGCAGGUCAUAGAGGCUGAAGGCCUGAAGGAAAUGAGUGGCACCUCUCCCCUGGCCUGCCUCAACGCCAUGCUCCAUUCCAAUUCCAGGGGAGGCGAUGGGCUCUUCUACAAACUGCCGGGACGGAUCAGCCUGUUCACACUGAAGAAGGAUGCCCUGCAGUGGUCUCGGAACCUGUCUGUGCCAGAAGGGGAUGAACUGGAGGAUACAGCGGAUGCAGAAAGCUGCGGGUCCAACGAAACAAGCACCGUGAGCGGUGAUAACGAUGUGUCUCUUGAUGAAACCUCCUCUAACGCCUCCUGUUCCACCGAAUCUCAGAGCAAGGGACCCUCUACUGCCAGGGAGAGCAGCAGAACAGCCUCACAGACAGCCAAACAAAAGAGAAAGACAGGUGUAAUGCUGCCACGUGUUGUCUUAACGCCACUGAAAGUCAAUGGGGCACACAUGGAGUCUGCAUCUGGCUUCACGGGAAGGCAUGCCGAUGGGGAGAGCAGCAGCACGUCCAGCAGCAGCAGCAGCUCUUUGGCCCUGUGCAAUGCCACCUUGCGCAGCCGAACAGAAAUAAACAGGGAUCCUCCACAGCUGCUGAGAGGUAUCCGAAAGCCCACGGCUGGGCAAAUGAAACGAAACAGGGGUGAGGAUAUUGACUUUGAAACACCUGGUUCCAUUCUUGUCAAUACAAACCUGCGAGCUCUGAUAAACUCCAGAACCUUUAAUGCACUCCCAUCGCACUUCCAGCAGCAGCUUCUUUACCUCCUUCCAGAAGUUGAUAGACAGGUUGGGGCUGAUGGGCUGAUGCGUCUCAGUGGCAGUGCUCUGAAUAAUGAGUUUUUCACCCACGCUGCUCAGAGCUGGAGGGAACGCCUGGCUGAUGGUGAAUUCACACACGAAAUGCAAGUUCGAAUUCGGCAGGAGAUGGAAAAGGAGAAGAGAGUGGAACAGUGGAAGGAGAAGUUCUUUGAGGACUACUACGGACAAAAAUUGGGCUUGACCCAAGAAGAAUCCCAGGAGCAGAAUUUGGUGCAAGAAGAUGCUGAGAACAGGACAGCACUGUCUGUUAAAGGAGAAACAAGGCUGCCACGCGCUCCUUCCACACGGCAGAGGGAUGGGCACUUCAAGAAGCGCUCCCGGGCCGACCUGCGAUGCAGAGCCAGGAGGAGCCUGUACAAACUGCGUGAUUCUGAGCAGAAAGAGGCUUCCAAGGAGACUGCUUCUGUGGGACCGGAUUCCUCUCUUCACAAAGACACAAAGCCUGAGGUAGACCUGAAGAAAGAUGACCUGACGAGUGCUUCUGCUGCAGUACUGAAGCCAGAGAGUUCAGAAUUGCAUCUCUCUCCAGAGACUUCCAAAUUGCACAGUAAAUCGGAAGAUCUGUCGUUGGCGACUGCAAACAGAAUUCCCUGUUUGUCCCAGGAGAGCUCUGCUCGGGAACCGAAGGACCAGAAGAGGAAAUGCUUUGAGGAGGCUGCCUCUGCCUCCUUCCCCGAAAAGAAGCCCCGGCUUGAAGAUCGUCAGUCCUUUCGUAACACAAUUGAAAGUGUUCACUCAGAAAAGCCACAACCUACUAAAGAGGAGCCAAAAGUCCCACCCAUCCGGAUUCAACUUUCACGUAUUAAACCACCCUGGGUGGUUAAAGGUCAGCCAGCUUACCAGAUAUGCCCCAGGAUCAUCCCCAACACGGAGCCCUCCGCCCGGGGCAGGAGCGGGGCCAGAACUCUCGCAGACAUUAAGGCCCGUGCUCUGCAGGCCCGAGCCCAGCGAGAAGCUGCUGCAGCCGCCAUCGGUGGUGGGGGCGGCCCCGGCGGAGGGAGAAACACUGAGGGGGGCGGAGGAGAACCCAGCGGCCAUCGCAGGCGCAGGAGAUCAAAGAGAGCUCGUCGAAAGCGCUCGUCAGAUCUACAGCGAGCACAACUACUCCCGUCUCUCCGUCUGAGCGGAGAAAAGGCCAGCUCUGAGGCGGCCGCCCGGGCAGCCAGCACAAAUUCCUCUGCCUCCUCGAAACAAGACUCCUUUUCUUCGAAGAGUGAGGGAAGCGACGUUCUGGAAUGCGCCGCGGGCGCUGGCUCAGGGGAAGCUGAGCCUGGCGAUGGCUCACCUGGAGGGCAGCGCUGCGACGCUCUGACUGCGUCGGCAUUGGACUGCACAGCUUUGGAGAGGCCAGAGGAGAGCCCCGAGCAGCUCUUCUGCGAUGCGAGGACUGAAGCAGCAUCGUGUGCUGCGUCGCAGGAGAGGCAGAGCGCGGAGCUGGCACACGUGGGUCCUCCAGCAGUCACUCUGUCGUGUGCUCAGACACAGGGGACUGAGGUCGGCCCUGCGGGAGGCUCGCAGCUCAGAGAUGUCGGCGUUCCCACUGUAGAGCUGGAUUAUGGAAAGGAGAAUUCCUCCGGUCAUCCUGCUCUCCUGCCGGAGUUGCCAUCGAGUGGUAAAGAAUGCCACGAGCCAAAAGUGAUACCGAGAUUUAGAUUUAAUGGCUCCGAAACAUUUGUGGAACAGUGCAUGAAAAGUUACAGUGGUAGUUCCAAAAUGGUGACUGCGGGAGCAGAGGAAGGAGUGCCUGCACUGUGUAACUUCACACACCUGCAGGCAGACAGAGAGAGUGAUGGUAAACAGAGUAAUGAAGAACAGAAUGCGGAAUCUCUGUUGAAAUCCUCUUUAUGCGAUGGCUUUAUUUCUCAGAAUAGGAUAGAUACCUCUGAAAAACUGAGGGAGAGGCGCCCCAGAGCAGAAUCGGAAGACGAGUGCCAGCCAUUGAGAGAGACCCGAGAGUUCAAGGCAAAUGGAGAUGAUGAAGUACAGAGUACACACAGUGAAUCAACGGAUACUGCUUCGGAUUUUGAAGCUGACGUGGCUGAUGAGAGUGUGGAGAUGGAGAUAUGUUACAGAAACCUCAGCUGUAGGGAGGUAGCUAAGAAGGGCUCCUUCUGUCAGAGCAGCACUGAGGAAUGUGAUAAAAUUAGUUCAAAGUCAUCACUGGAAGCGGGUGAUCUGCCCUGCCUUGUGGACUUCCCUUCAGUGGCCCCAGUGAGCGCUGCGCCUCCCCCUCAGAGGUGGGGACUGCGUGCACCACUGCCCCUGAAAACAGAGAGGCCGUCAGAUUCUGCUCAGCCCGUGUCCUCUGAUGCCAACAGCCCCUUGGUGAUGCAGCUGCUUAAGGGGAACCGUCGGCUGGAAGAGGUUCUCCCGGUAUCUCAUGCCAACAUCAAGGUGGAAGGUGCACAGCCACCUCCAGACCAGCAGUCAGAAUGCCUCUCCGUGCUGAUGGAGAGAGGUAGCAGUUGCUAUUUUGGAAAGGAAUCUUCUCCGGAUGCGCAGGUAAAGGCGAGCGCCCUAACCGGGAGCGAUGACUUCUACUCGGUGAGAUCUUCCCUAGAUCCCCAGGAGAAGAAGUGUGGGUCAGGAGCAGCAUUGCCUAGAGCAGAGGAUACGGAGAAUCAGCCUGUUCCAGAAAAACAUUCCAAGAUUGGCUUAACCUUAAGCUGCCCGGACCAAGUGGCAAAUGUGGCAAGUGCCCCUCAGAAGCCUGAAGACGCGAGCCCUCGGGAAAGAACGUUUUCUUCCUGUAGCUUUGAAGAGCAAAAAGAAUCCUCUAAGGUCCAUCGGGUGCCACAGCAUAACCCGUUAACAAACGUCGUCACAAAUCAAAGUCCUGAGAAGCUGAACCCGACUCUGGAGCCUCCAUUUUUAUCUCCAAAUAUGGAUUCUCUUGGCCCAAAUCAGAUGGGGAACACAUCGGUCAAUCAAAGUUGCGUUGGAGUUCAAGGCAAAAAGCUCUUCGGUUCUGGUUUUCCUUGCAACCCCAGUGUCAGGCUACAUCACUCAAGGGCUUCAGAUCAGGUUUCAGCCAUGGGAGCCUUGGCCCCGAGCAAACAGAAUCCUCUGACCAAAAGCUGUGCGUCUGCAGAAGGAAUGCCGGCUGCGAGGGAAGAGUGGACUUCAAAGCAGCACGUGAACGCCCUGGGAGGAAUAAAAAAUGAGAGCGUGUUGGCAUGUGGCAGCCCAGGCAAGAACAGUGGGGAGAGCCAGAAGGAUGCUGCAGCGAGCCCCGCGGAGCUGAGGGAGCAUUCGCAGAGCGCUCCGCUGGCCAUGGACUUGUUGCCAUUCCUGAAGUUUUCAAGGGAGCCGGGAAAGAGACACAAUCACCCUUCGGAGCCUCCUUCCAAACCCUCUCAGUUCAAUAUCAAACAGGCGUUUUAUGGGAAGCUUUCUAAGCUGCAGCUAAAUUCCACCAGCUUUAAUUAUUCAUCCAGCGCUCCAGCUUUUCCCAGAAGUCUCGCUGGAAGCAUGAUGCAGCUCACCCACAAAGCGAACUUUGCUGCAAACCGUAACGCAUCCCUUUCCGUGCAGAUGUUUGCUGAUAGCAGCAGCGUUGAAGAAAUAUCGUUCAACUGUUCGUGCAGCCUUAAAGCCAUGAUCAUGUGUAAAGGCUGCGGGGCGUUCUGCCACGAUGACUGUAUAGGACCCUCUAAGCUCUGUGUAUUGUGCCUUGUGGUGAGAUAAUAAAUUAUGGCCAUGGGACAGAUUGUAUAUUCAGCGUGCGUAUUUUGAUAACGACUGAUCCUAAACCUGUACACAGAAUCCUAUUCUGUUUAUAGUAGAAACGCUAUCGUCCUUUGUUUCGGUGAGGAAAGUUGGCUCGCCUUCCCACUGGAAUCCGCAGCGCAGAACCCUUCCCUGCUCACGAUGACACCGCGAUGCGCGUGGGCCGUGCCCGCUGCAGCGAUCCUUCUGCUUUGUGCUGCCCUGGGACGCGUGCUGAGGCUGACACCUGGCCGGGAAGGCAGUUUGCUGUGGCAUCCGCGGACCCUCCGGAGAGGAGAUCUUUCCAUCCAAAGGAACUGGAACAGGGUGUUUUCUAUUUCAGGGCUGCGCUAGGUUGGCCCCUACAGUCUUCCACUCUCCCCUUCUGCCAUCUCCAUCGUCGGGUGGCGCGGCGCGGGCAGGACGCGGCGGUUCCCUGCAGCUUCCAGUGCUGCGCUUGGACGUGGUGAGCAGCCAAGCACUCUGCACUCGGAGCUACCAGAAGACAGGGGGGCACGUGCCAAGGGAACGGCUCCUUCCUGCUCUGCCCGGCCCAAAUCUGGCACCGGCUGGGGCUGCUGAGCCACCCUGAGCACGCGGCGGAGCAGGGAGGCGGCGAGGAGCCCGGUGCGUGGCCAGCAGCGAUGGGAGCAUUGAGGACCUGAUCGUGACAGCAUCUGACCACUUGCAAGUGUCUAGCUGUGCAUCUGUGUGACGGUCAUCUAACAUUUAAAGCAGUGUUUGUUUUUUUUUUUUUCAUUAUUAUUAUUAUUUUUUUUAUAUAUAUUUUCAUUCUUGGGUGUAUAAAGUGAAUUAUUUGGCUCCUGUAAGUAUCCUCUAUGCAUCUGUUUGAUCAUGUAUUUAUAUGUUGUACACAGUACUGGCCAACUCUGUAAAUGGAUGUAAUGUACAUAGUACAUAAAGGGUUCUUUUUUUCCUCGGAUUUUCGGGCUCUCCAGCAGUAUUGCAUUAAAGUGGUGUUAGUUGUUACUCUGCAUCUGUAGUCAGAGCCGCUGUGUUCUGUCUUGCCCAGGUUGAGGCUCGGUGCGUGAGGCUCCGGCUCUGCCCGCCGUGCCCAGGGCUCUGUGGUGCGGGCUGAGCUCUGCAGCUCUCCCUCCUGAGCUCUUUGCAGCUGCUGCUGUCGCUGCAUCCCCCGGAGCGCGGCCGUAGCGGUGCUGCACGGGGUGCAGGUCCCGGUGCCUCUGUUGGCCGACAGCAGACCCGCUCCUCUUCCUCCGGAGCAAUGACCAAACCUGAACUGCUUCAAGUGGGGGCAGAAGUCAGACGUUCCUUAAGAAGGCAGUAGAAGGAAUAGGUGGUUUGUUUUUCUUUUUUUUUUUUAAUUCAUUUUUUUCUGCUUGUACCUUUUCUAGCUCUCUCUCCUACCUCCCUUGACUGUGCACUUUUUUUUUUCUUUUUUUUUUUUUUUUUUAAUGGAGCUGCGAGCCUGAGGGCCACCCCAGGUUUGGCCUGUGCAGCGGUUCCCCUUCACCCACCCACCGACCUCGUGCUGCGGGGAGGGGGCGAGCGCCCGGGGUCGGAGCAGAGGAGCGCGAACCAAAGAGAGGAGCGCAGCGGGGCAGCUCUGCUGUUUGAUAUUGCUCUGCUCCUCGGGGCCCUGCGGUGUGCGCGCCGAGCCGCCCGGUGUACGUCCCUUGUGUUGGAACAAUAAACACUAUCAAACCUG